AUGGACUGUUGCCUUUUUUACUGCAAACCCAGAUUCUCUUUUCCAGCCCUGCCGUCGAUUCGCGGUCAUCCGAUCAAUUUGGAAACUGAUCGGAGGCCUUUCAUUGCGGUGGCUUGUAGUUACAAUAAUAGUGGCAAUAAGUGCGAGUUUGGAGGUUUGAACACGCCGCUCGAGCCGAAGACGGCGGCUGGGAGGUUCUUGAGUGGCGUAUUGCUGAAUGAUCGGGAAUACUUUCAUGCUGCUGUUAAGAAUCAGUUAGAGCAACUGGUGGCUGACAGGGAUGAAGCCGUUGCUCGUGCCGAGUACAGCUUGGGCUCUGAUGUAGCUUCUCUCCAUAGGAGGAUUGCUGAAUUGAAGAAGCAAGAAUGCCAGACCGCAGUCGAAGACGUGGUGUAUAUGCUAAUAUUUUACAAGUUUAUGGAGAUCAGAGUUCACUUGGUCCCAAGGAUUUCCAAAUGUAUCUACAAUGGCAGACUCGAAAUCUAUCCUUCAAAGGACUGGGAACUCCAGUCAAUUCACAACUUUGAGGUUUUGGAGAUGGUCAAGGAACAUAUUACUGCUGUUGUUGGCAGGAAAGCAAACUCUAAUGUCAAGGAUAGUUGGGCCACAACUGAGAUCCCGAGGCUCCGUCUCUGUAGACUGUAUGCUGCUUCCAUCUUGUACGGUUACUUUUUGAAGUCCGCCUUGUUGAGGUACCGUCUGGAGCAGGGUCUAGAUCUGACAAACCUGGAUUUUGGUACUGAUGCUUAUCGCCUUCAACUUUCGGAGAUGUUGUCUUUAGGAUCAAAUUACAUUGCAUUUGAUCACAUCAACAGACCGAAGUCUUUGUCUAUAGGUCAAGUAUCAUGUAGUCUAGGCGAGAAACACGAGAAAUUGAGGUGUUAUGUGAUGGGAUUUGACUCGGAAACACUGCAGAUGUGCGCAAAACCAAAGUCCAAGGAAGCUCUGAAUCUGAUUGAGAGACACUGUUGUGCUCUAUUUGGAGAUGAGAAUACAGGUUUGCUCGAAACCAAUAAUUCAAUUUCCACAUCUUUUGCAAGUCUUAAGAGAUUUGUGCUGGAGGCCGUUGCUUUUGGUUCAUUCCUAUGGGACGCAGAAGAAUGUGUGAAUGCUGUAUAUAAGCUCAAGGAAAACUGA